ACCGUAGGGGGCCAUGGGCUUCAAGCAUCCGGUCUCUCUAUGGCAGCUGCUAAUUCUCCCUAGCUUAGUUUUUCUUCUCCGGCGACGACCUCCCAGAAACUCAGGGGCAGCGGGGACGACGAGCAUUCGUCUUCUCCGGCAACGGUGACUGCCCAGGCCACCGUGCAACUAAAGGGUAAAAGCAUAAUUUUACACAGAUGCUGACAUCAGCAAAAGAAUAUACAAAGUGGUCUCAUUUCAUUUGAGCCCAAAAUUUUGGAUCAAACAAUCAAAUUUCCCGCGCAGCAAACCCAAACCUAUGCUUCGCGCGGGAGCUACUGGAUUUCUCUCUUUCCCACAAGUUUCUCUUUCGGAGGACAAUUGAACCACCUCGCGACGACUGGUUUCCUUCGGAGGUUUGUGGUUCACGUGUCGAUAACUUGGAUUAUCUUCCUUUCGCCGGGGAAUCACGGUGGCACGAGUUAGCAGCAGCAUUUCUCUUCUUUUUGUCGAACCCCGGCAUUUACCCUCACUUAGUGUGGCUUCAAAUCGAAUUACCCACAGUCCAUAAGGUUCCGAUCUGCAAGUUUGGACACUUUCGAACACCGACCAACUAAGAUCGGAGCUCUUCAGUGGCUUCUAAAAGUUGACGUUUGUUCAAGGAAUUGAAUUUUUGGAUUGAGAAUGGUUGGCCGUUGAUCGGGAGGUAUUGAACAUUGGAUUGGAGGACGUGUUGAAUGCUCUCAGAAAUGACAAGUUAUUAUGAUAUUGAUGACAUUCUUGCAGAGGAAGAGCUUGUCUCAGUUGUGUUCCAAAAAGCUGUUAAUGGAGUUGGAAUUGAUCCCAGUUCUGAAACAGAUUCUGUUGAAUCUGGAUCCAAAGUAGAGCUACCCUUUUGGCUUGCACAAGAGCUUCAUCUGAGACAAGUGGCAGUUAUGGCCUUACCUUCCUGUUUUAACCAAAGAACACGACUGGAAAUUCAGGCUGAUGCUGCAUUUGUUGAUCUACGGUCUAGAUGUCAAUUCUUCUAUGAAUUUGGAUGCAAGAUUGCACCUUUGGUUGGUGAUAGAACAAUCGGUUCUUGGCUUCUAUCAACGUUAAAGAGUAGGUACAAGGAAGUUCUUACGAAGGCUCACAGUGCAGUCUUUGCUGCAAGUUCAAAAUAUUUGGCACUUCUGUCAAAAGAAGAAACCAAAAUGUAUGAAGCAGCUCAAUCCUCCAUGACAGCCUUCAAGAAAUGGAGAAUGGGUGGACCUAGAUUCCAGAGAGCAUCCUUUCUAAGCAGGAAGAGGAAGUCAACUGAGUAGCCACUAAGUUUGUAUCCCCCUUCCUGGAAAAGUAGUCAGUUUUUCCUAAUUUGCUUAUAUUUAUUUCAUGAGUAAUUUCGAUGUUUACUUUCUUUUUUAUAAAUUAAAUUACAAUCAUUAUUAUUUUAUUUUAUUCUUCGUACUACUUUUUACCCUUCCAUUUUCUUAUGACCCCUGGACUCAACUAUAUUGGAUUUGAAUCUUAUUUA